UGCCGGUUAUCGGCAUUUCUCUCCUCACAAACUGUCACACUGACAGCUCGAGAGGAGAGGAGAGCCGGUAAUCAGCAUUCCUCAGAGGGGACAUGUACACUGAUCAUCAGGGCACUGAUGAUCAGUGUAGCCCCAGCAGUGCCACCUGUCAGUGUCCAUCAAUGCCAGCUGUCAGUGCUCAUCAAUGCCACCUGCCAGUGCCCAUCAGUGCCUGAUCAAUGCCACAUAUCAGUGCCUACCAGUGCACAUCAAUGCCUCAUAUCAGUGCCCAUCUGAGCUGCCUUUCAGUGUCACCUAUCAGUGCAAGUGAGUGCCACCUAUCAAUGCCAGUCAUUGCCACCUAUCAGUGCUGCCAAUCAGCGCCACCUCUUAGCGCCUGUCAGUGCCGCCUAUCAGUGCCAGUCAGUGCCGCCUAUCAGUGUGCAUCAGUGCCGCCUAUCAGUGCUCAUCAGUGCUGCCUAUCAGUGCCACCUAACAGUGCCAUCUGUGCCGCCUAUCAGUGCCCAUCAGUGCAGCCUAUCAGUGCCCAUCACUGCAGCCUCAUUAGCGCACAUCAGUGAAGGAGAAAAAUCACUUAUUUACAACAUUUUAUAACAAAAACUAAGAAAAAACAUUUAUUUUUUUCAAAAU